UCGCUGGCCGGCCGGCUGAGCGCGAUGAUGCGCAAGGGUAUUGCCGGAGCGACCGGCGGGACGGAGUUCACGCUGAACGCUUCGAACUGCAUCAGCCUCCAGCAGAUCCUGGAGGCGUUCAACUCGUCCAUAAGCGAGGAGCACGCCUGGGCACUGUGCUAUCAGUCGGCGCGAUGCUUCCAGAGAUGCAUUGCGGACGGAAACACCUGUUACUUGGUGACCGAGCCUAAGCAUAUCUUGCUACAUAAAGAUGGGAAUAUACAUCCCAGCACCUUGCUGCAUCCAGGAGGAGGCGGGCGUACGAUCUCAAAUAACCUGUUGUUGCUCCUAUUCGCUUGAGAAUUGCGGCGUUGAGACAUUUCAUAGCGCUGAGCCGUCGGUCACGACGAUGCUCGGAGAAAGGAGGUGUUUAAAUAUUAACACGGGUUUCUUACCUGAAAGUAUAUUCUGCACCUACCUUAAUUAGUAUUGUGUUAUUGACUGUCUUUUAGGGAAGUUCAUUCAUGUUUUGUAAACACGUUUAUCUCAUUCUAGACUAAUGGCCAGUCAGCCGGUGUUGAAUUGUG